AGAGGAGGAGGAGGAAAAUUUGCCUCUGCAGGUUUUUUACUCCGUGCCACAAAAUACGCAGCUGUUACGCAGACACACACAGGCACACACACACACACACACACACCGGGAGAUCUGCUGUUUUGAGGACGGGCCAAGGGUGUAAAUCUUGACCCAGGGAAGUGGCCACCGCUGGGCGUUUGGAUAAAGAGUGGGGGCCUGGGGGGUCUCGUGCCCAGGACAUUCGCUCUGCCCUGCGAGACUCACUUUGGAAGAUUAUGGGCAACGGCAUGAAUAAGAUUCUUCCUGGCCUCUUCCUUGGGAACAUCGUAGAUGCCAAAGAUCUCGAUCAGCUGAGCAAGAAUGAGAUCACCCACAUCGUCUCCAUUCACGAGUCCCCACAGCCCUUCAUUCCGGGAAUCACUUAUCUUCGGAUCGUCCUGCCGGACACACCUGAGGCCAACAUCAAGAAGCAUUUUAAGAAAUGCAUCCGUUUCAUCCAUUCCUGUCGCCUGCAAGGAGGAAGCUGCCUCGUUCAUUGCCUAGCUGGCAUCUCCCGCAGCACCACCAUCGUCUUGGCCUACCUCAUGGCGGUGACGCAGCUUGGCUGGCUGGAGGCCCUCGAAGCGGUCAAGGCCGUCCGUCCGGUGGCGAACCCCAACCUGGGUUUCCGUCGGCAGCUGGAGGAGUUCGGGCGUAGCCGGUCAGUGCAGAAGAUCCGCUCGAAACUUCAGCUUCCGUCCCGAGGAGCCCUUUCCAACGAGCAAGAAGCUCUCCAAGGUCUUCUGCUACCUGGCCGAAAGCUGGAGCUCCCCAGCCCAGAGUGGGCUUGGCCGGUCCCGGUCCCCAAGAACACCAGCCGCGGGGUCAAACAGAUGGAUUCUUUUCUGAUACAAGUGAAGGAGACAUUUUCCUGUUUGCCCAACUGUCUUAAAUGAAACUUUCCAAAGGUUUUUUUUGGGAAGAUUCGAGGAGAUUCCCACGAUGGGGAAGGAAAAGCAGGACCAGGCAAGAGGGAUCUCAUCCGUCAUCAUCCCUAAGAGGAAAAAGAAAGGACCAGGCAGAGCUGGAGAUGAGGAACCGGGAAGCGUUGGCAGUGCCAGGCAAAGCUGGCAUAUUUUUCUCCUGUUCCGAUCACUUAUCGCAACCAACAGGCCGUUGAAAGUUUCCCAGAUUCCCAUCGGAAGGAUUUUCAACUCAAAGCCCUCUGGAAAUAGUGAACUGGGUUUCCCAAGAUGUACUAUUUUUAUUUUAGUCGAAAAAGCUUAAAAUGCAAAACUCCAACAAUUUUUUUUUAAAACCAAAGAAGAAAAAAAUGCAAUAAAACAUUUAAAAAGUGCAUUAAAGAGAAAAAGAAAGCCAAAACAUAGAUACAUUCGAUUCAAUUCAGUUUAUUACAGGGGUCAGGACAAAUAAAAACAGUCAGUAUACAUUGAAUUGAAUUAAAACAUAUGUACAUAUUAUAUUACCUUGUUGAAUAUUGAUUUUUGCGUGACUCAAUAUUAGUCCCCACCCCUUGCGAAACACCCCCCCCAAUUUUUAAAUUAGUAAAUUUAUUCGCAAAUUAUUAACCUGUCAUUGAUAUAUUAUAUUGAGGAUAAACUAGAUACCAGAAAGAACAAUAAUAAUAAAUUAAUAAAGAUGAGAGUGAAGUUUCAAAACCCUUUGCUAACAAACUGGUAUUAUAAUUCACUCGUAGAAAAUUUACAUUGGCAUUUUACAUUUACCUGUGUCCCAAAGUGGAUCUCUA